AUGAGUGCCAUCAUUUGGAAUGUGAGAGGUGUAGCUAGUGUAGCUACUCGUCGGCGCCUGAAGAAACUUAUACAGCUUCAUCAGGUUUAUCUGUUAGUUUUACUGGAGCCCUUUGUUCUUCAACACAGCUUUGCAUAUAUUCGACGUUAUCUGCGCUUCGAUACGGGAGCUCAGAAUGAAUCGAAUAAGAUUUGGUUUUUCUGGAACUCGUGGACUAAUGUUACUAUUAUUGUUGAUCACCCCCAGUUUCUUCACGUUAAAGUUGAGGACCCCAGAUUGGGUCUUCCCAUCUAUUUUACUCCAGUUUACGCUUCUUGUGAUCCUUCUGUCAGGAGGGAUUUGUGGGCGGGUCUUCACCACAUCUCCCUCGAUAUGGAGGACCCUUGGAUAGUUGGAGGAGACUUUAACGUUAUUACUCAUGAUGGAGAGCGCACGGGUCAUAAUACUCGUGAUCGAGGCACUACAGCUUUUUCUGAUAUGAUGUUGGACAGUGGUCUAGAGGAUGCAGGUUUCCUGGGGAAUCGAUACACUUGGACCAAUGGGCAGGUCAGGAAGAGAUUGGAUAGAGUACUCAUUAAUUCUUCAGCUGCAGCAUUUUGUCGACAGCUUACAGUGAAGCACUUGAAUAGGACUUCAUCUGAUCACUCACCUUUAUUACUUCAGUGGACUUCUGAUGAUGACUUGGGGCCUAGGCCUUUCAGAUUCCUCAAUGUUUGGACCAAGCAUCAUGAUUUUUUAGCAUUUGUCGCUCAGAAGUGGUCACUCCCCACUCAUCUUACGGGGAUGGCCGCUCUUUGGGAGAAAUUCUUCAGGAUGAAACAGGGAUUGCGCUGGUGGAAUCGACAUGUGUUUGGAGACAUUUUCCAGCGAGUGAGGGGUGCUGAGGACAGGGUUGAUGAGGCAGAAAUUGUAUUUGACAGUGACCCUACACCGGAACAUCGUGACAUACUGCAUCCGGUUCAGGCAGCUUUGAACCAGACUUUAUCUAUUGAGGAGGGCUUCUGGAAGCAAAGGGCUGGCUCACGUUGG